CACAACCCCAGUCAGAUUCUAAACUGAAUUUCCCUGUCUGACGUCAGCUGACUGCCUGCCUUGGCUGUGCUCUUCGCUCCAGACAUAGUGCUGCUGCUGAAAAAAAUGCUGCUCUCUGUGCCGCCGAGGACAGGAUUCAACCCAUACAACGGCUACACUAACAGAACCAGUAAAAAGCCGACGUAUGUGUCUUCCAGCCACCAGAUGGCUCUACCCAGCCCCAACCACACCACCACCAGCAGCAGCAGUAACGGCAGCCUCAGCGCAGAGCAGCUGAGCAAAACGAACCUCUACAUCCGCGGCCUCCACCCGGGAACCACAGACCAGGACCUGGUCAAACUGUGUCAGCCGUAUGGGAAAAUUAUGUCCACUAAAGCCAUCCUGGACAAGACCACCAACAAAUGCAAAGGCUAUGGCUUUGUUGACUUUGACAGUCCGUCCGCGGCACAGAAAGCAGUGACAGCACUGAAAGCUGGUGGAGUCCAGGCUCAGAUGGCUAAGCAACAGGAGCAGGACCCCACUAACCUGUACAUCUCCAACCUGCCUGUAUCCAUGGAUGAGCAGGAGCUGGAGAAUAUACUGAAGCCCUUCAGUCAGGUCAUCUCUACACGCAUCCUCAGAGACGCCAACGGCACCAGCAGAGGAGUGGGCUUUGCCAGGAUGGAGUCAACAGAGAAAUGUGAGACUAUCAUUCAACAUUUCAAUGGCAAAUAUAUCAAGACUCCACCUGGAGUACCCGUGCCCUUGGAACCCCUGUUGUGUAAGUUUGCAGACGGAGGACAGAAGAAGAGACAGAGCCAGGGAAAGUACCUGCAGAAUGGCCGUCCCUGGACAACAGAUGGGGAAACGGGAGGAAUGACACUGACCUAUGACCCCACCACAGCCUUACAGAACGGGUUCUACUCCUCUCCCUACAGUAUGGCCCCUAACAGAAUGAUCGCUCAGACAUCCCUCGUGCCCUACAUGCACUCUCCUGUUAAUACCUACCAGAUCCACAGUCCACAGUCCUGGAUGCAUCAUCAUCAUUCGUACCUCAUGCAGCCCUCAGGCCAAGUCCUGACGCCAGGCAUGGACCAUACCAUGUCCAUCCAGCCAACCCCUAUGAUGGGGCCUCUCACACAGCAGCUCAGCCACCUCUCUAUGGGCAGCAGUGGCACGUAUAUGCCUGCAAACACAUCUAUGCAAGGGACCUACAUCCCCCAGUACACCCAAGUGCCUCAGACCACUGUUUCAGUCGAGGAAAGUGCCAUCCAGCAACAGGUUUCCCUGGAGACUCCCACAGAACACACAGGUUACUCCUAUCAGCUUAGAAAGUGAAGAGGAGGGACAGGUGGGUUAUACUAGAGUCUAUUUCCUGGGCCACCUGCGGUCCCGUACAGCUCAGCGCAUAGUGACUAUGGACAGAAGCACCAGACAGUCACACUAUGGACAAAAGGAUAUUUCAAAAUCAGAGGUUGUGUUAAACUCUUGAAUACAGACGAAUGGAUACUGUGAAAACAAACAGAACAUGGGGCAUCUAUUUUGACCACAGAACACGACUCUACAGUCGAAGAAAGAGAAACCACACACAGGAUUUUUUUUGGUGCACAUAUUAACAAAUUAUUUUCCUAAAUAUUCUGGGGAGUCAGAAUGAAAUCAGGAUCAUAAAAGUUACAACAACAUGUGUUGUCGAUUAGCUGUACUUUUUUUGUUGUAAAAUAUGCUGAUUUCGUUUUUCAUUUCAUCAUCUGUUAUUUGUAAGCUUUUCACCUGUAUUGUUUUUAGUAUAGAUUCAAAAAGUCAAUAAUCAAAGAUUUUUUUUGUUCAUUUCACAAUGCCAUUGUUGUUUUUGUUCAGUUCACAGUAUUUUUACUGGUAAAUGUUUGACGAGAGAAGGCUGAACCAACUGCUUAAGUUACUUAGAUCAUAGAUGGUCUCAUAUCUGGUACUAUCAACUCAGAUACCGUUUUUAGCACUUGGGUCCCUAGUUGAAAUUCUCACAAUAAUUCUCAGAAUCUAAAUAGAUAUUUAGAAAUAAAGCUUAAGACAAUCAAACAUUGAAUUGAUUAUUUCCUGAUUCUGGCCAAUUAUAAUAAAAUCAUGCAGGGAAUAAAAAUAAAUAUAUGCAUGAUUAAAUUUGACAUGAAAUACAUUUAGUUGCUGGUUAUAUUUGGGGAAUUUAAUCUUAUAUUUCUCCAAUGCCAACCAACAACAUAAAUAAGUCAUAACAUUUGGUUUUAGUGGGUUAAGCUGCUACCCUUUUAAACAGACCCAACGUUGUUGUCAGGAGUUCACAUUAUUGUGUUGCGCUCGUAGUUUAAACAAGUAAAUUCGAGAUCCAACGUUACUUUCUCUCUGUCUGUUUAUAGAUGCCUCUGUUUUUGUUUAGAUUCCGAGUGAAUGUUUUUUUUAUUUAAAGAAAGUUUGUGAGAUCUUUUUUAUUCGAUUUAAUACUUUUCAGAUUAUUUUUUGGUUGUGUGCAGUGAGUGGUUACAUGUUUCUAUGGACAAGUAGAUUUGUUUUUGAAAGAUUUGUUGGCUUUUUCUUGUUCUCAAUCUCUGUUUUAAUUUUCAAUCACUUGGAAAAUGCUCUAAAUGUUUGAGAGAUUUCAAAUCAGUCUGUGUCAUCAGUUUUGGCACGUUCACCAUUUUAAAGAGGUGUGCUCAACUACUCAUCACUCCAAGAUAAUUAUGGGCUCGAUUCAAUCCCAAUUGAAAUUUAAAGGAAAUGUGACCGCAUUCACGGUAAACGCUGCAUGUUGGCUCAAUUGGAAAUGGCCAUUAAAUGUCUAUUGCGCAAUCGGUAACAAUUUCAGCUUCGCUGACUGAAUCGAGCUCGAAGUGUAAUGCCUCUUAGAAAUGAUUUCAGAAAUGUGUCCUACGUGGUAGAGUAGUCACUAAAUCAGUGGUUAGGGAAUGCGGUGUGAAAAGUAACAAUACCUCCUACCCAACAAGAGCAAUAUAAAGUCAGCUGAGUGUUCGUGUGCAAGAUUCGGAGACGUUUUCUAAACUCUUAACUUCUAUGGUUCUUCAGGCUGCCCCGCACAGUCACAGCGGGUACUGUCUCCAUAGCUUCACUCUUCCGUCAAACGUUCACAAACCAGGCCUAAAUCCCAGGUCAAAAAUCCAAUCAGACUGUUUUGUUUCUUAAAAAGGCCAGUGAUCUAUGCAAUUUUAAAAAAACACACACAUCCACAAUAAUGCAAUACUUACGCUAUAGAUUAAUUUCAGAACUUUUUCAGGUGACAAUGGGCUGUUUGUCAAUAGUGACUUUUGAAACUUAGCAUUCUGCUAUUGGUGGCUUUCAUUUGAGUUCAUCCAAAACGUUUAGUUGUAAAAUUACACGCCUCGCUGUUCAUCGAAAUGACAGUGAGAUCGCUGCAUAGAAAGGGAAUUUCUGUAUAUGCUCUACAGGCUAUCUACUAACCCUAACCUUAAAUCGGUGAUUGUAUGACCAUCUGUAGAAAGAGCAUCGACAGGUGGACUAUCCAAAUAAAGUGUUACCAUGUACAGCAUGGUUCAUGAGGUUGAAGAAAAAUCACUCGGCUACCUUGCUAAAGGCCUCACACCAUCUCCUAAAAAUGGGAUACACAGUCCUUAUUGGUCAACCAAUUGAUUUUUUUGUUUGUUACCAAAGACAUCAUCCGGUAAACAUUUCUAAGUGAUCAAUGCUUGGUUUAGAAUACAUCUGUAGUUCAUUCUUUUGUGACUGUACAUGAAAAGGUUUGUUGACACUAGUAAUAAGCUUUAUGAAUUGUCUCAUGAAUUAAUUUGUGGUAGGAAGAAUAUUAUCAGAAAUGCCUUGUAGAUUUCAUCAAGAGAGGAUUUAAAAAGGGUGCUAAUCUGGAAACAUUUAUGCACUGUCUGCAAAGUGUUUGAUAAAACAGGAAUUAUUUUAUUGUAAUAUUUACGCCCACGUAGUAUCAGUCUUAGGAAACCCCAAUGUAACAUUUGUUACACUCGUUUAAUUUUGAGGACAUAAUCAUUCCAGAUUUGAGUUUAAAUCAAAAAUAUUCAGCAUUAGUUUGAGAUGUCGGAAUGCCCUUGCCCUUUGCUGUAGUUCAGACAAUCAUUUACAUGAAGUCCACUUGAAACAUCUUGCUGCUAAUUUAGGAUUUUAAAGGUUGCGUAGGAGUGGGCUCUACUGCUUUGUCUUUCAUUGUACAAUGCCAACUAGAGGGAGGAAAUAUUAGCUGACGCUCCGUCCAGCAAUAAGUCACCGUCAUGUCAGGUUAAAAAGGAAGACAUUUCAUAGUCAUUGGCUCACAGCCUUAACAUCUACUAUCACCUGGCUUUAUCAAGUCCAUUAUAAAGCAAUUAUGUACAAUCUUUUUCACUUUUGUCAAUCAUUAAUUUGCCCUUAUGUGCCACACUAGCAGGUCUAUGGCGGUGUUUUAAACACCGCCUUUAAAAAAAAAUCCACCUUUCUAGACUAACAGCUUUUCAAUAUUAUUAUUUUUUUUGGGGGGGGUUGAUGUUAUUUUUGAACUAGGUCAUUUUUUUAAUUAAAAGGAAUCCACAUUAUUUUUAUUUUUACACUUUGUCCAUGUGCCUUUUAUUAUUACCAAGUGUGUAUGUCAUGUAAAGUACACCUUUCCAAACAGAUGCACACACACACACACACACACACACAUACUUG